ACUGCGGGCGGAGCCGUUGAAUUUCUUGGCGACUCCCAGCGCCAUGGAGAUAGCGCUGCCCAAGGACCUGGCGCAGGACGUUGGCCUGGCCAAGAGGAGGCAGGGGGAGCUGUGCAGGCAGAAACGGAUCUUCGACGCCAGGAAGAGGAUCAUCGGGGGAGACCCAGAAGCCUGGGAUGUCCAGGUUCACGACCAGAAGAUAAAAGAAGCAACAGAAAAAGCUAGACAUGAAACCUUUGCUGCUGAAAUGAGGCAAAAUGACAAAAUCAUGUGCAUAUUGGAAAACCGGGAACGGAGAGAUAGGAAAAAUCUCUGUAGAGCUAUCAACGACUUCCAGCAGACCUUUCAGAAGCCAGAAACUCGCCGUGAAUUUGACUUGUCUGAUCCCCUAGUCCUUAAGAAAGAUCUCCCAGCCCGGCAGUCAGAUAAUGAUGUUCGGAAUUCAAUGUCAGGAAUGCAGAAAUUCAUGGGGGAGGAUUUAAACUUCCACCAGAGGAAGAGAUUCCAGCAGGAACAGAACAGAGAAUGGUCCUUGCAGCAGCAAAGAGAAUGGAAGAACGCCCGUGCCGACCACAAACUUGCAGAGGCCCUGCACACACAGACGCGGCUGCAGCUUGACCACACGGCGCGGCACCUGCAGACACUGGAGGGCUCCACCAGGAAGGCCGUGUGUGCGGCGGUAAAGGAGUUCAACAGGAACCAGGCUCUGGAGUCGGCAGCAAGGAGAAGGCGGGAGAAAAAACAAGAGCAAGAGGACAACCUGGUCGAAAUCUCCAGCCUGCUGCGCGGGGACCUGCUCUCAGAGAACCCCCAGCAGGCGGCCAGCUCCUUCGGGCCCCACCGCGUGGUCCCCGACCGCUGGAAGGGCAUGAGCCAAGAGCAGCUGGAGCAGACGCGCCUCGUUCAGAAGCAGCAAGUCCAGGAGAAGCUGAGGCUCCAAGAGGAGGAGCGCCAGCGCGACAUGGACUGGGACCGGCAGCGCAUCCAGAAGGCUCGGGCCAUGUUGCUGUUUGAGCGGCGGCAGCAGCGGCAGCUUCACGAGCUUCGGAGGGCCCUGGACAGCAGCAACCACAGCCUAGCCCAGGAGCAGCAUCUGCGGAAAAACUACAGGAAAGAAGUCUCUACAAAUGAUCCCACAGGAGAUUAUUUCUCACAAUUUAAUACCAGGAGUCGAUAAUGGAAAAGACACCCUCGUUCACCUCUGAAUGGUUUAUGUGUAAAAU